AUGGAGAAGGCCAGAUCCUUCCUCUCUCAACUUGAUACAGCCGAAAAGAUAGGUCUUGUCACUGGAAGUUACGGUCCCGGUCCAGUGCUACCCUGCGUUGGUACGAUCUCGGGUAUCCCACGUCUCAACUUCAGCGGUCUUUGUUACUCCGAUGGGCCGACUGGGUAUGCUCGCUCUGAUGGCGUCAGUGUGUUCCCUUCUGGUAUCACUGUGGCAGCGACAUGGGACAGGGAUCUCAUGUACCAACGCGCUUUAGCUAUUGGAGAGGAGUUCAGAGCUAAGGGUGCUCAUGUACACCUGGGGCCUUCUCCUGGGCCUCUGGGUCGCAGCAUUGUUGCCGGGAGGAACUGGGAAGGGCUCGGCCCCGAUCCGUACUUAGCCGGUGUCGCGACGAACGCUUCGGUCACCGGUAUACAAGCCGCUGGCGUCCAGGCGUCUUCAAAACAUUAUAUCGGCAAUGAGCAAGAGACCCAGCGCGGGUCUUCUACCCUCAGCGGUGGACUCACAGUCAGCAACGGAACCGUCAUAGAUGCGGUAUCGGCCAAUAUUGAUGACCGCACGCUACACGAGCUAUAUCUGUGGCCUUUCGCCAACGCGGUGCAUGCUGGGACUGCAUCAGUCAUGUGUGGCUACAACCGCGUCAACGGUAAUUACACGUGCGCGAAUCCGGAUAUACUUAACAGGAUUCUCAAAGAUGAGCUAGCAUUCCCAGGGUAUGUUCUCUCCGACUGGGAUGCCACACACUCAACAGAACUAUCCGCAAAUGGAGGACUGGACAUGGAAAUGCCAGGGACGCAGAGUGUUUCUGGAGUCUCGUACUUUGGCGAUUCGCUCCUUGCGGCAGUCAACAAUGGUACCGUGUCGUUGGAUCGGCUCAACGAUAUGGUGACACGGGUCAUGAUGCCAUACUAUCUUCUCGGCCAAGACCAGGACUUUCCCGAACCAGAUCCUGCAAGUGGAGGUGUCUUCUUGAAAUAUCAAUAUGGCUACAACUCGCCUCUGUCAAGUGUAUAUCCUGCUGUCGAUGCUCGAGAUGUUCGUGCAGAUCAUGCAAAGAUCAUUCGCAGAAUUGGUGCUGCUGGCACUGUGUUGCUCAAAAACACGAAUGGUGCAUUGCCUCUGACUCACGAGACCAACAUCGGGCUUUUAGGAAACGAUGUGUCCUAUCCAACAAUCGGCUCCGUUCACUUGGACUACGACAAUGCGGAAGGUUACGAGAUGGGCACACUUGACAUCGGCGGAGGAUCCGGAACCGUUAGACAUACGAGCUUUUCUACUCCAGAGGAAGCUAUCGAGAGAAAGGCGCGCAAGUUGGGUAUCCGGGUGCAAAAGCUGUUCGACAAUAAAGAGGUCGCCGAGGGUCUAUUCCGAACCAUAUACCCAAGACCUCAGGCCUGCUUGGUCUUUCUAAAAGCUUUCGCCACCGAAGGAACGGAUCGAGCGUCCCCAGAUCUUCAAUGGAACGCUACAGCAGUGGUGGAAAGUACAGCGGCAUUCUGUCCGAACACCAUUGUCGUGACUCAUGGACCAGGCGUUGUAGCCAUGCCUUGGGCGGACAACCCAAAUGUGACGGCCAUCCUGGCAGCGCAUUAUCCAGGAGAGGAGUCAGGAAACGCCCUGGUGGACGUGCUUUGGGGCGCUGUCGAGCCCUCCGGUCGGCUUCCGUACUCGAUCCCGCGGAACUCUUCAGAUUAUGGCCCACCCAUCCUCAGUUCUGUAGCCAAUGCAACAGAUCCGAACGCAUGGCAAGUUGAUUUUACCGAAGGCCAAAUGAUUGAUUAUCGGCAAUUCGACGCAAACGGCACGGAGGCGCUGUAUGAGUUCGGAUUCGGCCUCUCGUACUCCAGCUUUACGAUGUCGAGUAAUAUGUCUUUCGAGCUCAUUGACGGCUCAUUGAGUACGCUCCCUGAUCAAUCUCAAGGGACAGUUCCAGGCGGAUUGGCCGACCUGUGGAAUGUUGUUGCUGUGUUGAAGGUUGAAGUGACAAAUUCAGGCCACAGAGCUAGCUCAGCACAAUACACCACUCCUCCCGGUACGCCACAUAAGGUCUUGAGAGGAUUUGAAAAGCUGCAUCUCAAGGCUGGAGAGAGAAGAGAAGCGAGAUUCGAACUGAUGAGAAGAGACCUCAGCUAUUGGGACCUAGAAAACAGACAAUGGGUUGUUCCUGAAGGCAUUGUCCGAUUCUCGGCGGGCUUUAGUUCGCGCAAUCUCGUUGCAAGAACUCACGCACGACUUGUGUACGAUCAGAACUAG